AUGUUGAAUCUGAACGAGAGUUUGCAAGAAAUCUUCGACCGUCUCUAUCAAGUGCAAAUAUCUCUGGGUCUGGAAUGUAAGUUGAACCUGGAUUGCGUGUAAGGCACUUUUUCUGAAAAAUCUGUUUUGCAUAAAAGCAACGAAAGCGCCACAAUUUUGUGAUGAAAAAGCGCAGUUUGUAAUGCGCACUAAGCAUGAGAAAGCGUUUGAAAAAUUUUCCGUGCUGCAUUGCACUCAAGGGCGCAUUCACUCACGACUAUUCAGCAUUAGAGGUUAAGGUUUCCAGGCCCAGACUACAUUUCUGCAUUUGAUAGCCUCGAGGAGCGAUCCAAUGAUCCCGUGAAAGCGAAGAAGGACCUGAAGGCACUGCUGGUGAAAUAUGGCACUCGAAAACAUUUACAUAGUUCUCAAUUAAUACCUAAACUUGUUGUGAUGCAAAAUUACCAUCAGCCACCACGCACGACCACACAAUCAAGCUACUUCGCAUGACAAAUUCACGAAGGGCUAAACAAGAUCUAAAUCUGUGCCAAAGCUGUAAUGCUAAGGCUGCGAGCUUGCCCUUGCGCUUGCCCCUUUCACUAUUGCUUAUCUUGCAAUACAAAUUCAUGUAUACAGUUGAGAACGUAACGUUUGGGAAUCCCAUACCAAAACCGCUACCACGUGCUUCGAGAAAAAAAAGAGGGAACGCGGCGCCACGCCACUGGAGGCCAAUGUUCCCGACGAGAUUGGACGGCUCAUUUACGGUUGCAUGCCAGCGCACAGUAUCCAUUGCAAAGAUGUCUGGGUCUGGAACCUUGUGAUGCUGAAUGGUCAUGCUUGAGCACGCCUUGAAAUGCAGUGACGCAUGAUAAAUUUUUGAAAAGCUUUUUUAUACGCAGAGCGCAUAUACAAACUACGACUUUGCAGGGCGAAUAUAGUGUGUGCUUGUGUUGCUGCUUAUGCUACGCAGAUUUUUCAACACUACGAGAUCCGCAACACAGAUUCAACCCUCCCAGACCCAGACACAUUUGCAUUUGACACACCGUCCGGGUACAGCGACUUCCAGCGUGUGGACGAAGCAGGAAAAGCAGAUCCAAUUGGAGCACAGCCCGUGGCUGGGACUUCAGCUCGGCGCGGCGACGACAUUUUCCCCGCGUUCCUACUACAAGGUGGACGCGACCCAGGCCGAAGCGACCGCGGCCGACGCAACCCAGACCGAUGACAAGAAAGCAAUUACCGUCGAAUUCACGCCGGGAUCUCACUCUUCGUUCUUCCCGUUCAAUGAAGAGGACAGGAACACUUUGGUGCUAGGGAAAAGCACUUUUUUCAAGCUGAAAAAGGUCAUCUGGCUGGAUUUGCAAUUCGGCGCAGUGCUCCAGCUUGGCGUGAAAAAGUCGAAGGCGGGUCCCCUCGCUCUCGAUGUCGGGGAGCAUGCCUUUCAAGUGGACGGAGCGGUGCUAGAGGUUGUCGUCCGGUUUCGGUUCUUAUCCACUGCGACGACGGCUUACUCGUAUCUAUAAAUUGCAACUAAGUUGUUGUACAUUCUUGCACCAUCAUUACAGCUGCUUUAUUUCAUUUUUUGACGCAGUAGGCGCAGCUUCCAUUUUUCCCUUUGGAAAAUUGUUUGUAUUUGUGUGGAGCUGUGAAUGUGAUUGUGAAAUUGAUAUUUUUCCAGUGUCUUCGAAAAGGAGCUUGCUCGGCCUUGCCCUUGUUCUUGUUGUAUCUAAAGGUGGGACCUAUAUUUAUGUAUCGCUAUCGUUCGUGUGCGCCACGCUCGCUAUCCAUACUGUGCAGAUGACAUCAACGGCCGAGGUACCCGUACCAGGCAUGUUCGGAUACUAGGCAGGAACAUGGCAUUUGUGGACGACAGAAAAUCGGGAGCGGGAGCGGGAUGCAGGUUUGCGUUCAGCUUCGGAACAUGGCAUCUCGUGGAAGGGAGCGGGAGCGAGGAUCUGGACGAAUCGCUGUCUUUCGACGUGGAUUCCGAUUCCGAAGACGAGAUGACCAACGCGGUAAGCGGCAAAGUGAUAGUGCGGCGUCACAAUUAUCGCGGAUGGGACGAGGUGUGCAAAGUGCCAGCGGAUAUCGAGAAGAUUCUGCUGACCCUGCCUCCUUACGCGGCCUCGCAUCGGCCGCCACCGGAGAGUGCAACUGCAAAAACUACGACGUCGAUACGUCAUCCGCUAACGGUCCUGGAAGAACUCAAGUUGCUCGGCCUACCCGAGUCCGCGGACGUCUUGGACUUCGUAGCUCCGUCUCCUGCCGCCAGUGCAAGAAGUAUUUUUUUCCGUUCGAAAAGCCUCGUGCGGAAUUUUCGAAAACUGAAGGAAGCUGUUGGAGGGCGAACAAAAGAUCACACAGUUGCUGACGUGGACAAGAAGUUGCUUGCUUCCUCCCAGAUGAUGCCCGGGCCCCGGUCCGAGCCCGAAUCGGAGCUGAUACACAGUCUCCUUUCGGAAACUUCCUCUUUGUUCCCACUCAUCCCCCGGCGCGCCGCUGAGCGACUAUUUCGCUUCGGUGACAUAAUUUCAGAACCUCAACCUGCGCUGUCCGAACUCGUCGGCCUUUUGCUUCCGUUCGAAACUGCCUGGGCGUGUGAUAUGACCGUCAAGCGCCACGACCCUGAUUCGCGCGUUGUUACCUCUCGCCUGCCUGCGCGCCUGUUCGAUUCGGGAUAUGACGACACAGGUUCGACUCUCAUCGGUUUUGGAUGGUUCGAGGAUGACAAGGACGAACCAAGCAAAAUAGUGCCGACAACACCCAUUUCCAAUCUGCAGGAUGUCACCUGCACUGUAGUAGGUAUCGAGUUUGCUGUCACCGAGAGCGUCAUUGUUUCGGCCACACAGGCGUUGCUGGUGCUGAAGCCGCGGGACAAGAAGAAGCUAGGGCUCGCGAUUCUGAUGGAGGUUUUCUUGCGGGGGUUUGGGGUGCAUCCAGGCUCCGUGCUUCCCGGCGUGCCGGCCAUGGGCAGAGCCGAACUGCAACUGCGCAACGCCAUACUCUUCAUGAGCGCCAGAUCGAAACCGUUCGGCCGGACGCGAGCGGUGCUGUCCUUGGUCGGACUUGGUGACUUCAGCCGGGAUCGCUUGACGGAUCUUUAUAGGUAUGUUUUCGAAGAUCUAGUGGAAUCGGAAGGGGAGUAUUGGGAGAACGACGAAGAUGUUCCACGCACCAACAUCGUCAAAAAGGCCGUACGAACGCAGGUGGAGCUCUGCGAGAAGGAGUUUAGCGACGCAGUUGAAGCGCAAAACCGCUCCCUGUCGGGUGCCAGCCUCGACGUGGAUCUGCGGCUUCUGAGUACCACCGACUCCGACUUGCCAGCGACCCGGUCGUUUCGCCUGACACCAAAGUCGUUCCGGCGAAUGACGCAGCUGUGUCCCUCCGGGUCCAGUGCCACGAACGUAGCGGAGUCAAAAAUCACAGGCUUAGCGGUUAAGUUCGAGUGUAGUCCUCGCUGUGACUACACUUCAUCAUCAUCAUCGUCAUCAUCACCAUCAUCAUCGUCACGAACAGGCGGUCCGCGCGCAGGAGGAAAGAGUGCAGCUACAACCGAUAGCUUGGUUUGUACGAACCCGUGGUCGACCUUGUCGGCGAGUCUCGGCGACAGUAGUGAAGCGAUAGGCACCAUCACCAAAACCAAUGCACAGCUGGAACAAGAACAGAACACGACCAUUCACACGGUGACUGGAGCAGCAUGCUCCUUCAAGCUCCACUCCGUUUCGCUCCUCGACCUCGAACUCGGCGUUUUGUUCCGCUUCAAAUCUUCAGUCGAGUCGGACCUCUUGGAUGCCACAGUCGACGUAGCCUUGCGGUUCGAAACAGGGGAAAAGGGAGAUCCAGCUUGUUCCCUGCAAGAGUCGCUAACCUCGCUGUUGCUGCAGCAGUGCGAUGGAACAACAGGAGGAGCACCAGUUGAGCUGGCGGUGGGGGUAUCAAAUGCAAAUAUGUCUGCUCCUGGAAUAAAGUUUGAGCUUGUAGUGCUGGUCUUGCAUUCGCAUUCCUGUGAACAAGUCUGUGUUGCAUAUACCAAAAACAGUCGCAUCCAUUUUUCUCAUGCAAAAAAUGCAAACUGCCUAUCCUAUGAGAACGCAUUAUGAAAAGUUGUCAUGCUGGGCUGCAUUCGGUUUCGGAGGUGUUUCCAUCAUCCACAUUUUAGCAUCACAAAUGUCCAGACCCAAACAUAUUUGCAAUGGAUAUGAGGCUGUGCUGGACAAACUGAAAUAUCGACUGCAAAAGUGUCGUACUGAUAGAAAUCGCAUCACAAAUCCGGCUAGCAUGAAAAAUAAAAUUUGUAAUGCUGCUCAGCAUACAAAGGUAGAUCUGUCAUGCUCGACUACCACUAUUUUUUCGUUUUACUAUGAGUGCGGUGCUUUUGUAAUGCAUAUGAAACUACUCCAGCUUCCCGCGAAGAUCGAAGGUGUCGAACUGAUUGUAAAACCAACUUUGCUGACUGCGGAAUUGGUGGACACCGUCUCGCGGCGCGCUAUGAGAUUGCACAGCUCCCCCUGGCCCAGCAUUUGAAGUUCAUGACGGGCAACAGAAGCCACGCCACAAAUGUAAGCAGUAUCUUUCGCAUGACAAACCCGCACACCACGGGUUGUAGUGCUAUUAUUUGCGGCCCUGAAACUUCUAAACAUGCCAUCGACAGGAUGCUUCAACGCAUAUAGCAUUUCCAUUAUGCGGAUUUGGUAUUUUGCAUGAAAAAGAGGCAGAGGAGGACUUGCGCACCCUCAUACGCGCCAUCCUGACGUUAGAAGAAAAAGGUGCUGUGUGCAACAUGGAGCCACAGCAGGAAGAUCACCUUUCCCGGAGGAAGCCCCUGGACAAACCGCUCAUGGAGCAUUUCGUGCAGAGUCUCCGCACGUUGCAAUCCGCGAGCAGUACUACAACUACAUAUACAUCAGCAACUACUACAGAGCAGGACGGCAAGAGUUCUCUUCUACCCCUGACCACCGAACUUUUCCCGAGUCUGAACCGAACCGAGGCGGUAUUACAGUGAAAAGUGCCCCCCACCCCAAACUUGCAAAAAUUUGUGAUGCGAAGUUUCCAAAUGAAAACUUUUUGUCAUGCAUGAAAGGAGUAUGAAUCUUUCUGAUGCAGAUUCUAGUCGUGUUUCGCAUCGCUUGCAUGACAGGCACCGCUCUUGCUGGGAUCUUUUGCAAUACAAAUUUUUGCUAUUCACGAUCGGAAAUCUGUGAUGCUGAUACUUGCAAGAGGGCGAAUGUUUCAUUUGGAAAGGUUUGCAAUACAAAUGCUUUCAAGUUCGGGGGUGGGGGCAUUUUUCAUUGUAAUAGGCGGAACCGCUGCUCUUCGCCGGGGAUGUGUCUGCGCUAAAGGCAUUCCCACAGAAAUCUCGUGCUAUCCUGUGCAAAAGCAUUGUACUCGUAGUAGUUGCAGUCAUGCAUUACAAAGCUUUUUCUUGAGGGCAAUCCGCAUUACAAAUUUCAUUUCUCAUGCUGAGGAAAUUUGUAAUGCAUAUAUACGAGUGCGUGUGCGGCUCUUUUGCAGUUCAUACGUGUCGCCAUCCAGCCACUGUUGAACCUUCUGCUGUUCUUCCAGCCGGCGUGGGCCGCUGGGGUGGUGUUCCGCGGAUUGAUCACGCAGCAGAGAAAUGCAGCUAACCUCUUCUGCCGCCCGAAGUGUUUUUUCGUGAAGCAAAAUGAACCAGUACAGAGCAACAAGCAGAAUAAACUUGGUGUCGUGGAAGGCGCGCAGGACGAGAACAUGAAAGAAUCUUCGGAGUCGCAAGCCAACUGCGGAAAACCUGCUGCGCGUAGUUGUACCGGCGGGAUCUACGUCGGCUUCGAUUUGUUUUUCGGGCAACGCAACGACGAUUAUCGUUACCCACCGGUACUGCCCUUGGCGACUUUACAGCAGACGGUGACGUGCACCCUCUCCGAUGGGCAUGAACUCAGGUUUUCGGAGAUGAAACCAAUUUCAGCUUCUUCUUCUGCCGGCGAGGGCGACGCGCUCGAAACAGAUCCAAACCAACGCGAAACUAGCAUCUGUGAAAAUAGAACAAGAACCGGUAAAAAUCCAGUGCUUGUAGUCUUCAAGAAACCGGGUCCGAGAUCUGAUGGUGAGAUACAACCGUUCCUCGUGAUGAAAGGUACAACUAGCACUGUCGCGUCCCCGCCAACAGCUCCUGGCGUGCAACAAGCCGGUGGUACACCUGGACGAGCAGAGCAGGAAAAAAAUCUUCCAGGUGAGGAUCAAAAUCAAAACUCCCUGCUCAUCAAACUACACCACGGUGUGCUCUACUGCGGCCAACCCGACCGUUGCCACCGGACGGAAGAAAUCCUGUCACUGCUUGAAGUGCCAGAGACGAGGUCUUUGCUCGAGCUAGGGGAGAAGCUGUUUACUACUCGAGAAAUAUUAAAUGACAGCUGCACGAAGAAGGACACGGCGACAGAAGCUCCUGCUGCUUCCUCUCCAUCAACCGUGGAACAGCAACAACCACAUGAUCACGAGGCUCAGGAUCUCCAAGCAGGCAGUACAGUGAGGAACGGUGACAAAAGCAAGAGUAAGACAACCAGCACCAAAGUAUUGAACGAGGAUGAAGUAACGGGAACAGCAGCUGCAUCAAGUUCGCAAUUAUUUCUGGUACGGGAGAUAAUCUCAACUAUCGAAGCACUGGAAACUUCCGCAAUUUCUUCGUCCGAUCUGAAAGGAUCGAGUUCAUCGGAGCCUGUUUCCAACACGGAAGAUAAACAGUGAGAUCGGACGAACUUUUUUGCGUACAACACGGAUAAAGAAAUCGGACGGUUCUUUGGCGGAUUAGUUGACAAGAGAGGAGGAACGCCAGUGUGCUACUAGAACUUUGGUGUCGGGUCUUGACAUCAGCGACAAGUGUAAGAUUAAAGUCUUUGAUUCUUACCUUCGUAUACUGCAAUGUUUAUACUUUUUAAAGCCAAGUAAGAUCCUGCUCAACUAAUUUUUUUUUAGCUGCAAGCUCAGACAAAAGCAACUACACCAAAAGAUGACAUAGGAACAAGUUUUUUAACGCUAACAGCGCAGACAGUUUCGAAGUGAUACAGCAACCACACAAACACGGUGGUGUUGGACGAAUAGUAAAAGUAUUUUAGAAGAAAGUGUUGCGAUUGGCCGCGAACCAGUUUUUUCGGAGAUUUUAGAAUGAACAAAGGAGUGCAAAGAUAACGAAGAAAGAACUACGGACGACAUUGAGUUUUUAGUUUCUCGCGAAAUCC